AUGACAGAAUACAAGAUGAAAUCAUUAAACAAAGCAAAGAAUGAAGAGGAAGCAAAUUUGUUGGCAACUCUACUUGGUCGUUCUGAUUGGUCAUCACCCUCAAACAAUAUAAAUGAUACAACAAACAACAACAACAACAACAACAAUGAAACAUCAUUUACCAAAACAACUCCAUCAUCAUCAUUUUUUCAAGACUCUCUUUUAUUCCCAUCAACAAUAACAUCAUCAUUACCAACGGUAUCUGCUCAUAACCAAAGAUCACCAUCAACCUAUAAAGCAAUCAUCUCUGAACCUGAAUCUGAAAAGCGUAGAGAAUAUUAUCUAGAGAGACAACAAUUAAAGAGAAGAGAUAUUAUAAAUCAAAUUAGAUAUAUAUUAAAAGCUCCAACAACUAUUGAUGAAAUCACAAACAAUAACAAUAACAAUAAUGAUGUUGAAACAACAACAACAACAACAACAACAAAGAAAGAUCAACAAGAUGAAAAUGAUAUGGUAAUAGAUGAUCAAUUUCAACAACAACAACAACAAAAGAAAGAAAAAUUGAGAGAAAAGAGACAAUUCAACAAGAAACAAAACGAGGAAAGAAAAAAACAAGAGGAUAUGCUCUAUUAUUCGAAUAAUAUGAUGUUGGCAGAGCAAAUGAACGAUAUUCCAUCAUCGUUUGAAUAUGAUUGGUAUGCCGUGCCAGUACCAAAUGGAACAAGAUGUUUGUUGAUAUCGCAAAAAGGAAAUACUGCUGCCCGUGAUUUAAACGGACAUUUACUUGCCAAUUUUCCAUCAGCUCUUCCAUAUGGAUCACCUGCUAGCAACAGAUCCGAUCAAGGAGGAGGUGGUGGAAAUAACAGUAGAUAUUGUAUACUCGAUUGUCUCUUUGAUCCUAUUGAAAAGGUUUAUCAUGUACUUGAUGUAUUGUGUUGGAAAGGAUACAUGUAUUAUGAUGCAGAGACAGAGUUUAGAUUCUUUUGGAAAUGUGACAAAUUAUCAGAAACAACUUCAUCAAUCAGAUCAUUGGAUAAUCCAUAUCCAUUCAUUCCAACUCCUUAUUAUAAUACAAAUAUAGAUGCAUUAUCAAAAAUACCAUCAACCUAUAAUAAUAAUAAUAAUAAUAAUAAUAAUAAUAAUAAUAAUAAUAAUAAUAAUAAUAAUAAUAAUAAUAAUAAUAAUAAUAAUGGGAUGCCCCAACAACAACAACAACCACUGGAAUACAAGUAUAUUUUAUUUUAUCAUCGUCAAACCCAUUAUGACUUUGGAAGAACACCACUAUUCCUUGCACUUUCAAUCGAGCACUUGCCGGCUCUCAUUGCCAAAUUACAAGAAGACACACAACAAGACAGUUGA